CCACAAAUUUAUUCUUUUCUUUCUUUUUUUUUUUUUUUUCUUUUCCUUUUUGGGUUUUUCAAACACACUUAUAUUUCUCCUAUAUUCUAUAAACGAAUUCCAAAUACCUGUGAUUCAACAGAGUUUUGAUUCUUACUUUCGUCUCCUUUGUUUUUCUCGUUCAUUCAGUUUCAUGUGCAAGAAACCAGGUGUGUAGGUAAUAAGAAUUGUGAUAUAUUUACGGCAGUGAAUCAUGGGUGAAGAAGAUCUUGCCAAGAUACUGAGUAGUCGGUCAUUGAGCCGGAGAAUGAGUUUUUCAUCGUCAAGCAGGAGGAGUUGGGCGUCGGCGAGUAUCAGGGAAGUUUUGAAUACCCAAGCAGAUGUUUUCCAGAGAAGUGGGAGAGAAAAUGAUGAUGAGGAGCUAAUAUGGGCGGCAAUAGAAAGGCUUCCCACUUAUGAUCGGUUAAAGAAAGGGGUUCUGAUGCAAGUUUUAGAUAACGGCAACGUCGAUUAUCGAGAUAUUGAUGUUGUUAAUCUUGGUGUGCAAGACAAGAAACGUAUUAUGGAUAGUGUGCUCAAGAUAAUGGAGGAGGAUAAUGAAAAGUUUCUUCUUAAGAUUAGAGAACGCAGUGAUAUGGUGGGAAUUGAGGUACCCAAGAUUGAAAUCCGGUUCAAGAAUUUAUCGAUUGUGGGAGAGGUUUAUAGUCGAACCAGAACAGUUCCAAAUCUGGUGAAUGCUUCUUUGAAUGCAAUAGAGGAUGCUCUUGUAUCUUUUCUGAAAGUACUUGGGCUUUUCCAAUCAAGUCGACAAUUUGUCAACAUACUCAAGAAUGUGAAUGGCAUAGUGAAGCCCUCAAGAAUGACGUUGCUCUUAGGACCUCCAGGAUCAGGAAAAACUACAUUGCUGGAAGCACUGGCUGGAAAGCUUGGCAAGGGGUUAAGGAAAGUCUCAGGGGAUAUCACUUAUUGUGGUCAUGAGCUGAAUGAGUUUAUUCCCGAAAGAACAUGUGCUUAUAUCAGCCAGCAUAAUCUUCACCAUGGAGAGAUGACUGUCAGGGAGACACUGGACUUCUCGGGACGUUGCUUGGGAGUUGGCACUAGGUAUGAACUGUUAGCAGAGUUGUUAAGAAGGGAAAAAGAAGCAAGAAUCAAACCUGAUCCUGAUAUAGAUGCGUACAUGAAAGCUACUGCAAUAGCAGGCCAAAAAACCACUCUGAUAACAGAUUAUGUGCUCAGGAUGCUGGGAUUAGAUAUUUGUGCUGAUAUUUUGGUUGGUGAUGACAUGAGAAGGGGCAUAUCAGGUGGGCAAAAAAGACGUGUCACCACAGGAGAAAUGUUGGUUGGACCAGCUAAAGCCUUUUUCAUGGACGAGAUAUCCACGGGUCUGGAUAGUUCCACCACUUUCCAGAUUGUAAGGUAUAUGAGGCAAAUGGUUCAUAUCAUGGAUGUCACCAUGAUAAUAUCUCUUCUGCAACCUGCACCUGAAACCUAUGAACUUUUCGAUGAUAUCAUUUUGCUUUCUGAGGGUCAGAUAUUAUAUCAAGGUCCACGAGAGAAUGUACUCGAAUUCUUUGAGAGUGUAGGCUUCAAAUGUCCUGAAAGGAAAGGAGUUGCAGAUUUCCUGCAAGAGGUGACUUCCAAGAAAGACCAACAACAAUACUGGAGCAGAAAGGAACAACCUUACAUAUAUGUUUCUGUACCAGAGUUUGUGAAUCAUUUUGAUUCUUUUGAUAUUGGCCGGAAGCUUUCUGAAGAUCUUAAAGUUCCAUAUGAUAGAUCCAAAGCUCACCCUGCUGCAUUGGUGAAAGAUAAAUAUGCACUUUCAAACUGGGAACUCUUAAGGGCAUGCUUUGCAAGAGAGUUGCUAUUGAUGAAGCGCAACAGUUUUGUGUACAUAUUCAAGACAGUCCAGAUCACCAUAUCGUCACUGAUUGCCAUGACAGUGUUUAUAAGAACACAAAUGCCUGCCGGUCAUAUACAAGAUGGAGGAAAAUUUUAUGGUGCAUUAUUCUUCAGUCUUAUUAAUGUUAUGUUUAAUGGGAUGGCUGAGCUUGCAUUGACUAUAUUAAGGCUUCCUGUAUUUUACAAGCAGAGAGAUUUCCUUUUCUAUCCUGCAUGGGCCUUCGCUUUGCCAAUUUGGCUCCUCAGGAUUCCUCUCUCUUUAAUGGAGUCGGCAAUCUGGAUUAUUCUCACAUAUUACACUAUAGGGUUUGCUCCUGCUGCUAGUAGGUUCUUUCGUCAAUUUUUGGCAUUCUUUGGCAUACAUCAGAUGGCUCUCUCUCUUUUCCGUUUCAUUGCUGCACUUGGGAGAACACAGAUUGUAGCAAACACACUUGGUACAUUUACGUUGCUGCUGGUUUUUGUCCUUGGUGGAUUCAUUAUUGCCAAAGAUGAUAUCCCAAAGUGGAUGAUAUGGGGUUAUUACGCUUCUCCGAUGUCUUAUGGACAGAAUGCUAUAGUUAUCAAUGAAUUUCUUGAUGGGAGAUGGAGUACACCUAAUCCUGUCACACUUAUUGAUGAACCCACAGUUGGAAAGGCUCUUCUCAGAUCCCGGGGCAUGUUCACAGAAGAGUAUUGGUAUUGGAUUUGUGUUGGAGCACUCAUGGGCUUUUCUGUCAUUUUCAAUCUCUGCUUUAUCACUGCAUUGACAUAUUUGGAUCCAUUUGUAGAUUCUAAGUCUACCGAACAGCAUGAGGAUAAUGAUCACACUAAGGGCAAGAAACACUCAUCUUCAAAGGCAGGGGAAAUGAGUUCAGCAUCCACUACUUCAUUUGAAGGUGUUGGCAUGACAGAGUCAGCAGCUGUGAAACGAGGAAUGGUGUUGCCUUUUAAACCAUUUUCGCUCGCUUUUAAUCAUGUGAAUUACUAUGUUGAUAUGCCUGCUGAAAUGAAGAAACAAGGAAUUAAUGAGAGUCGUCUCCAACUGUUAAAUGAUGUCAGUGGUGCAUUUAAGCCUGGUGUUUUGACAGCACUAGUUGGUGUUAGUGGCGCUGGAAAGACUACAUUAAUGGAUGUUCUUGCUGGAAGGAAAACUGAAGGAUACAUUGAAGGAGAAAUUAAUAUUUCUGGUUUCCCAAAGAACCAAGCAACUUUUGCUAGAAUUAGCGGUUACUGUGAACAGAAUGAUAUUCACUCUCCACAUGUCACUGUUUAUGAAUCUCUCCUUUAUUCCGCCUGGUUGCGUCUUGCGAAGGAUAUUACAGCAAAAACACGGAAGAUGUUUGUUGAAGAAAUAAUGGAGUUGGUUGAGCUAAACCCAUUGAGAAAUUCUAUAGUUGGUAUUCCAGGGGUUGCUGGCUUGUCCACUGAGCAGCGGAAACGACUCACUAUUGCCGUAGAAUUGGUGGCAAAUCCUUCUAUUAUUUUCAUGGAUGAGCCAACCUCAGGGCUUGAUGCUAGAGCUGCUGCAAUUGUUAUGCGUACUGUGAGAAACACAGUGGAUACUGGUCGAACUGUUGUUUGCACAAUUCACCAGCCAAGCAUAGACAUAUUUGAAGCCUUCGAUGAGCUACUAUUGAUGAAGAGGGGAGGACAAGUCAUUUAUGCUGGGCCCCUUGGUCGUCUUUCCCACAAGCUUAUAGAAUACUUUGAAGCUAUUCCUGGAGUUCCAAAGAUCAAAGAGGGCUACAAUCCUGCAACUUGGAUGCUGGAAGUUACUUCAAGUGAUGCUGAGGCUCAGACUAAUAUAGAUUUUGCUGAAGUUUACACCAAAUCUGAACUUUAUCAGAAGAAUCAAGAGAUUAUUAAAGAGCUAAGCACUCCAAUACCAGGAUCCAAGGACCUUUAUUUUCCUACCAAAUACUCUCAAGAUUAUCUGACUCAAUGUAAAGCUUGCUUCUGGAAACAACAAAAGUCUUACUGGAGAAACGCUCAAUACAAUGCCAUUAGAUUCACAUUGACAGUUCUCGUUGGUAUUAUUUUUGGACUUAUUUUCUGGAACAAAGGAGAAAAAACAGAAACACAACAAGACCUAGCAAAUUUCAUGGGAGCUAUGUAUUGUGCUGUAUUUUUCCUUGGAGCCACCAACACUAGUGCCGUGCAGCCUGUGGUGGCAACUGAACGAACAGUCUUUUAUCGUGAACGAGCUGCUGGGAUGUACUCAGAGUUACCUUAUGCAUUUGCUCAGGUUGCCAUAGAGAUAAUCUGUGUUCUGAUUCAAACUUUUGUCUAUUCUCUAUUGCUUUAUUCGAUGAUUGGAUUCAACUGGGAGAUUGAAAAGUUCUUAUGGUUUUACUUCUUCUUGUUCAUGAGCUUUAUGUACUUCACACUUUAUGGCAUGAUGGUUAUUUCCCUUACUCCAAACCAUCAAAUUGCUGCCAUUGUUAUGUCCUUCUUCCUCACCUUCUGGAAUCUCUUCUCCGGCUUCCUCAUUCCUAGGAUGCAAAUACCAAUAUGGUGGAGAUGGUAUUACUGGGGAUCUCCAGUGGCUUGGACACUAUAUGGUCUUAUAACAUCCCAAGCUGGCCGAAAGCUUGACAACGUAUUUGUUCUUGGAGAAGGUUUUAUCACAGUAAAAGAUUACUUGAAGAAAUUCUUGGGAUUUGAAUAUGACUUCCUUGGAUAUGUUGCUGCAGCCCAUCUAGGAUUUAUUCUCCUCUUUUUGUUUGUCUUUAUAUUUGGCAUCAAGUACCUCAACUUCCAAAGAAGAUGAGUUCUUCCAACCAUAUUGAAAUAAUUCUCUACACAGUGACAUUUGUACACCAGACAAUUUUGUUGUUUCUCCAUAACUCAAAAUUUGUAUGUAUUUGGUCCAAAAAUCUAUAUAAUUCUCAUCAUAUUCAUAUAUUUUAUAUAUUUUACAUGUAAAAACUAAUCGAAAUUUAUACAAUAAA